AUGCUGGCGCUGGGGCAGAUGGACGGCGCGCCCCGGCAGGGCGCCUUCCUGCUGGGCAGCCCGCCGCUGGCCGCCCUGCACAGCAUGGCCGAGAUGAAGGCGCCGCUGUACCCCGCGUACCCCCUGCCCUCCGGGCCCGCCUCCUCCUCCUCCGCCUCCGCCUCGCCCGCCUCCGCCUCGCCCUCGCCGCCGCUCGGCUCCCCCGGCCUCAAGGCGCCCGCCGCCGCCGCGGGCGGGCUCUCGGCGCUGGGCACGGCCCCGCCGCAGCUCUCGGCCGCCACCCCGCACGGCAUCAACGACAUCCUCAGCCGGCCCUCCAUGCCCCUGCCGGGCGCCGCGAUCGCCUCCGCCUCGCCCUCCGCUUCCUCGGCGGCGCCCGCCGGGCUGCUGGCCGGGCUGCCCCGCUUCGGCAGCCUCAGCCCCCCACCGCCUCCACCACCCACCCUCUACUUCAGCCCUGGGGCCGCCGCCGCCGCGGCCGCCGUGGCCGCCGGGCGCUACCCCAAGCCGCUGGCCGAACUGCCCGGACGGACGCCCAUCUUCUGGCCGGGGGUGAUGCAGAGCCCGCCCUGGAGGGACGCCCGCCUCGCCUGCGCCCCUCAUCAAGGCUCAAUUUUGCUGGAUAAGGACGGAAAGAGAAAACAUACCAGACCCACUUUUUCUGGCCAGCAGAUUUUCGCUCUGGAAAAGACUUUCGAGCAGACGAAAUACCUGGCGGGCCCGGAGAGAGCCCGGCUAGCUUAUUCCCUGGGGAUGACCGAGAGCCAAGUCAAGGUCUGGUUCCAGAACCGACGGACCAAGUGGCGGAAGAAGCACGCGGCGGAGAUGGCGACGGCGAAGAAGAAGCAGGACUCGGAGACGGAGCGGCUGAAGGGCGCCUCGGAGAACGAAGAGGAGGACGACGACUACAAUAAGCCCCUGGACCCCAAUUCGGACGACGAGAAAAUAACUCAGCUGCUGAAGAAACACAAGCCGGGGGGCGGCGGGCUUCUGCUGCACUCCCCCGAGGGGGAGGCCUCCGUCUAGCCCGCUCCGCCUGCCGCCGCUUUCGGAGAUGUACAGAUCUAUUUUUCUAGACUCUACGCGCCCGGGAGGAGGAGGAGAAGCCGGAGGGGGAGCAGAGAGGACUGCGGAAAGCGGGCCCCAGAGGGCACGCCCGCCCCCCGGCGCCGCGUGUUGUUGUAGGGGCGGCGGGGAGCGGCGGGGGCCGUCCCGACCCCGGUCCCGCUCCCGGUGGUGCGGCGGCCGCGUCCUGCCGUCCCUUUGUAAAUAAACCGUGAGUCACCGCGACCAUAGGCGUUCCUUAACUGUGAAUAUUUAAAAUGUAAAAUACCUUCUUUUUUUUUUUUUCUUUUUUUUCUUUUUGUACAGCGGGGGCCCGGGGCGCCGCCACCCCGCCCGCCCCGCGCUUCCCGGCACCGGGGGCACUCCCGGAGCCCGAGAUGGUGGCAGAGGGGCCGCCGAGGAAAAAGCCGCCGGUCCCUCCCUCGGGCCGAAACUGCAGCGGCCCUGUGUGCUAUUUAUUAGUAUUUUUGAAACACUUUCUGUCGCGGUCGUCGUGCGGGGGAGGGGGAGGGAGGGCGGAGGAACAGAGUUUGCUUUCAUUUACACCGUUUCCAAUCAACCGCGUGUUGAAAAAAGUAGCUGGUGGGAAUUGUCACAACCACUGUCAGUCAAAAUAUAAAAUUCAUUUAGUUGCUGUAUUUGAAUUUAAAGUGUGUUUUCUUUUGUAUCAUACGGAAUACUAUAGAAUGUAAAUUGUUUUCUUUUUUAAAAAAAAGCUAAUAACGAUGAUAUAUCGUGAUAUAGCAUCCUAACAUUUAUUAAUUUAUAUUAAAAAUAAUUCGGUUUGUAAAGAGAAGAAAAGCCCUUUGCAAGACCAGUUAAAUGUAAUGCACUUUCUGUUUAAAAAAAAAAAACCAACAAAACGAUAAAUCAAUUAAACCAGUUUAAAGACGUCUGCUGCAUUCACUAAAGGGUACAGAUAAUCUCAUCUCAUUAGAGAUUAAAUAAGGAAACCACGGUA